AAUAAUUUCAGACGUGUAUAAAUGAUAGUUCAGAUAACCAAAUAUUAAGGUUAUUGAACAUUUGUUGUUAUCAAAAGUAGUAACAUUAUCAAGCAGUAUUAAGGAUUAUUGAUUACAUUGAGAGAAAUAUAUAUACAAAUUUGAUUGAAAUUACUUAAUAUGAAAUUUAAAGACAAUUCAGAAUUUGCAACUGAAGAAGACUAUGAUUUCAAGGCUUUAAAUUAUACACGAAGUUGGAUAAUUGCAGGUUUCAUAAUUUUGGCAGUGGCCAUUGCUUUGGCUGCUGCUUCCGUCGCCCUACCAACAUUUGUUAUGAUCGCUCCAUCAGUGUUUGAUGCAUCCAAUGCCAAUGUAAACAAAGCUAGAAGUAUGGGUUAUACACAAGUAUGCUUUACAUCAGAUAACACAUGCCAGAACCGUGAUCCAAGUUAUGUAGAUGAAUAUUCAGCAUUAAUGACAAAUCUGCGUCUUGCUGAAUUGGCUAUGCAUUCAAUAGCAAUAAUUAUCAUGUGUAUUUGUUUUAUUGCUGCUCUUGCAUUGAUCAUUGUUUGGUAUAAAAAGAAUAAAGAUAAUAAAUGUUUCAGAAAUUGGCGAUUAAUUAUAGGGAUAUUUCUUAUGUUAGCUGGAUUUUGUCUUCAAAGUUCAAUAAUAAUGUUUCAUGUUGAACAAUUUGAAGAUAAAUACGGUAAAUCAUCUGGAUACCCAUAUGGAUUUAAUCAAUGGUCUGAAAAACAACGUACAACAACAUCUAUUGAUUAUGGUUCUGGAUACAUUUUAUUAUGGCUUGCUACCAUUUUAUGUUUUAUAUCAGCUUGGAUAUUUCUUGGCACAUAUUGUUGUUGGACAUUAGAUGAUAUCGACACAGAUGAUGAUAAUCCAACUUUACCAAGAUAUUCAACUGAUUCCAGCAAUAUGAGCAAACGUGGAACUCAACCAUCAGUUAACAAUCAAGAAGACUGAUUGACCAGAGGUGAAGACGGAAAAGUAAUUAAAAAUGAUAUCCUGCCAAUUGUAUACGUACUAAAAAUUAUAAUAAUCAUUUGUUAAAAUAAUGUGUAACUAUUUGAUGUGAUAUAAUUAACCAUAAAGUUUUUUUCAGUUUAUAAAAAUAUCAAUAAUAAUGCAAUCUAUAUCAGUAAAUAAUAUCCUGUUAUAGCUUUUUUCACUAUUCUGGUUAUGAAUAACACUUGAGAUAAAUUAAG